ACAACAGAAAAGCUGUCUUUGUUGGAAAUUCCUUGCAAUGUUAUCAUUUAUCAAAGAUGAUAUCAUUGUUAAGGGUGAUCCCUAUUCUUUCUUUCUUUGUUUAUUAAAGAAUCUCUCUGCUUUCCUUUUCAACCAGGUUCUUGUUAUGGUUAAUAUCAAUUGAAGUGUACUAGUAAUACUUCUAUUACUUUGUCUUUGUUUUUCGUGUUUGUAGAGUAUGCCCGUUAAGUUAUUUUUCAAAUUUUCUAAAUUGUUAUAGUAUAACAUUUCAGUUUACAGGAAACCACACCCUGUGUAUGGUCACCUCGGCAUAGUAGUUUAUCUUCCAUUGGGAUUCAUCUUGCUUCUCCAGAAGGAUACUCAGCCUAGUAUUGAAAGAUUAGUUCUCAUUAUUGAAGAACACGUCAGUUGCUGCAGAUUUUCUCAAGGGUUCAACACAAUAUUUUAUUGCUUGAUCAAUGCUGUUGGUGUGACGUGUGAGUUUAAGAAGCUAUACUAAGAUGGGGAGCAUCCAUCGCAAUGGUAUUCUGAGAAGACCAAAUGACAAUCACAGUGGUAUUCUGAGAAGGUCAAACGAUGUUACAAGAAUUAUUACUUCAACUGUUAUUGGAGUUGUCUUUGGAUUCUUUGUUGGAAUCUCAUUUCAAAACUUUUCAGUUACCAAGCAGAUUAGCUUGCCUACCAGCCUUCUGUCCUCCAUCGAUGCAGCCACUAUCAAUGGUCGUAGAUCGGAGAGCACUACCCAAUCUUUCCCACCUAAACUUGGUUCAGAUGAAAACAAAUCUUCUGGAACUUAUAGCUCAGGAGAUAGUUCAAAGGUAAUCCUUUUGGCUAUUGCCUUAUUUUUAAGAAGUUUGUUUAUCCCCAUUUUCACAAACCAUGCUACUGCAUGAGCCCCAACCUUAACCAUACUUUCGAGAACAACCUUUUGCCACCAGCCCUUUGUAACUCUAGAAAAAGAAAAGGAGCCAUCUGCUUUAACCUCGUACACCUCCUUGUUUCCAGUUGAUUGCUUACUGUCAGGUAAUGGAUCACGCACCAAAAUUUUAACUAAACAAUGAAAACGUGAAUAUUAGAUGAACACUGGUUAUCUUUCCCCCCUUUCUAAACAAGGAAACAAGGUUGUCAUUUUUUCUUCAUAAGAAUAAUAACUCCUCUUUGUCCCAAUACAUUCUCAUAUGCAAUUUCAAAGCCUUUGAAAUGACAUUAUGUCCUCUUUCAUGGAUAUGUUUCCACAGGUUGUUCCUUCUCUGUAAAAUAAUAUUUUUCCUGCAAUUUUGACCUACUCUCAUCUUUAUCUUUUCUCAGCAUUUAAAAUUUCUUGCAUCAGUUUUAUUUCUUUUAUGGGAAUACUUGGCCUGCCUUUUAUGCUCCCUUUCAUCUUUUCUAAGCAGUGGUUUAUAGAGGGGUGCUCAACUACACCCAUGGUUCUUGUGCUUUUAGACAUGCGGAUGAACAAAUCAUCAAUCCAGGCCUUCCAUUAGGUUUAUCAUACUCUCAUGGACCACA